GCUUGGACAGAGCUUACUCCUGAGGAAAGACUUGGGUGGGUCCCCGUGAAUCUGGAAGUUCGUCGGCCCCGAGGCAGAGCCUGAGGCUCGGAGGGGCGUCAGCCAGCUCUUCUGGGGCGCGGGCGGACCUCAGGUGUCUCACGUCCCUUGCUCAGUGUCCCGUGAGUCCCUUUGCGAAAUGAAGUCUGUUUGCCCCAGAACCAGGAAGUCAGGCCAGCAGCUGGCAGAGACGCCCGGGACGCGGCCAGCUCGCGGAGCCGUCACACGAUUGGGCCUGGAGCAAUAUCCAGCACAGAGUAGACACUCAGAAUAGAAGAUGAACAAACCCAUAACACCAUCAACAUAUGUGCGCUGCCUCAAUGUUGGACUAAUUAGAAAGCUGUCAGAUUAUAUUGAUCCUCAAGAAGGAUGGAAGAAGUUAGCUGUAGCUAUUAAAAAACCAUCUGGUGAUGAUAGAUACAAUCAGUUUCAUAUAAGGAGAUUUGAAGCAUUACUUCAAACUGGAAAAAGUCCCACUUCUGAAUUACUGUUUGACUGGGGUACUACAAAUUGUACAGUUGGUGAUCUUGUGCAUCUUUUGAUCCAAAAUGAGUUUUUUGCUCCUGCGAGUCUUUUGCUCCCAGAUGCUGUUCCCAAAACUGCCAAUACACUGCCUUCUAAAGAAGCUGUAACAGUUGAGCAGAAACAGAUGCCUUUCUAUGAAAAAGACGGGACAUUAAUGACACCUGUGAAGAAUCUUGGACAAAGCUAUAUGCCACCUGACUCUUCAAGUCCAGAAAAUAAAAGUUUAGAAGUUAGUGAUACACGUUUUCACAGUUUUUCAUUUUACGAAUUGAAGAAUGUCACAAAUAACUUUGAUGAACGACCCAUUUCUGUUGGUGGUAAUAAAAUGGGAGAGGGAGGAUUUGGAGUUGUGUAUAAAGGCUACGUGAACAACACAACUGUGGCAGUGAAGAAGCUUGCAGCAGUGGUUGACAUUACUACUGAAGAACUGAAACAGCAAUUUGAUCAAGAAAUAAAAGUAAUGGCAAAGUGUCAGCAUGAAAACUUAGUAGAACUGCUUGGUUUCUCAAGUGAUGGAGAUGACCUCUGCUUAGUAUAUGUUUACAUGCCUAACGGUUCAUUGCUAGACAGACUAUCUUGCUUGGAUGGUACUCCACCACUUUCUUGGCACAUGAGAUGUGAGAUUGCUCAGGACGCAGCUAAUGGCAUCAAUUUUCUACAUGAAAAUCAUCAUAUUCAUAGAGAUAUUAAAAGUGCAAAUAUCUUACUAGAUGAAGCCUUCACUGCCAAAAUAUCUGACUUUGGCCUUGCACGGGCUUCUGAGAAGUUUGCCCAGACAGUCAUGACUAGCAGAAUUGUGGGAACAACAGCUUAUAUGGCACCUGAAGCUUUGCGAGGAGAAAUAACACCCAAAUCUGACAUUUAUAGCUUUGGUGUGGUUUUACUAGAAAUAAUAACUGGACUUCCAGCUGUGGAUGAACACCGUGAACCUCAGUUAUUGCUAGAUAUUAAAGAAGAAAUUGAAGAUGAAGAAAAGACAAUUGAAGAUUAUAUUGAUAAAAAGAUGAAUGAUGCUGAUUCCGCUUCAGUUGAAGCUAUGUACUCUGUUGCUAGUCAAUGUCUUCAUGAAAAGAAAAAUAAGAGACCGGACAUUAAGAAGGUUCAACAGCUGCUGCAAGAGAUGACAGCUUCUUAAAACUUCAUGGGGCUCGACUCUUGACUUUUUAUAUACACCUGUCUCAACCAUUUUUUCAACUAAUUUUUUUCCUAAAUAUUCUUCUUUAACAAGGCAGCCUAGUGCAGGGCAGUAGUUAUUAAAGCAUAGGUUGAACGUCCAACAUACAAAAAUAGAGCCAUCAUAUCAACACUUAGCCCUACCCAUUAGUAUCACCCUCAGUUCUUAGAGUAAUCCCUGCAACAUCUCUUUCAAGCAUCACCAAACUCAGUUUGAAAAUUACAGGGCUAGCAAAAAGAGCCAUGGCUGUAUGUAGGGUGGAAACACUCUUAUUUAAAGCCCAACUGACUCCACUACUAAUUUGCUGUAAAGCUUUGGACACACACUUAGCUGCUAUGAGCCGCUAAUAACAUUGGGCUAAUAUCUACUGUGCUUCUCUGACAGAUAGUCAUGAAAAUCAAAUGAUGCAGAAUAUAUACAAGUACUUUGUAAAUUGUAAAAUGAUAUAAAAUUUAAAGUUUAUGGAGUCAUGUAUAAAAUCCUAUUACGCAUAUUUUUAUAGAUUGUGUUUACAGCAAUCAUUUACCACAAGUCAAAUAUCCCUUGAUGAUACUGCCAUAAUGAAAUAUCCAUUAUUAGAUUAUGUUACAUGACAAAGUUGAUGGAAUUUUGCAGAUGCAGUUAGAGUUCCUAAACUCCCUUUGAGACUAUUGAAAGGGCCUGAUCUAAUCAGGUGAACUCUUGCAAGAAGGAUUCUCCUUGUAAGUCUUGAAGAAGUAAGUACCAUGUUGUGAGAGGGGUACAUUGGCUAAAACCUAAAGGUAGCCUCUAGGAGAUGAGAGCUACCUUCCAGUUAUGAGCAAGCAGGGAAAAAAAAAAAAAAAAAUGGAACCUCACUUGCAACCACAAGUAAUUGAAUUCUUCCAACAAUCUUUGAGUGAGCUUAGAAGAGUUCUCUGAACCUCAGAUGAUACCACAGCCGAGGCUGAUGCCUAGAGUUCAGCUUUGUGUGAUCUUCAGUAUGAGAACCUAUCUAUGCUGUGCUGGACUUCUAAUAUAUAAAACUGAGAUAAUGGGUCACAUUGGCUGGAUGUGGUGGCUCACAGCUGUAAAUCCCAGCACUUUGGGAGGCUGAGGCGGCCAGAUCACUUAAUGUUAGGAAUUCAAGACCAGCCUGACCAACAUGGUGAAAUCCUGUCUCUACUAAAAAUACAAAAAUUAAUUGGGCAUGGUGAUGCAUGCCUAUAGUCCCAGCUACUUGGGUGGCUGAUGCAGGAGAAUUGCUGGAACCAGAGGCAGAGGUUGCAGUGAGCUGAGAUUGCACCACUGUAUUCCAGCCUGGGUGACACAGCAAGACUCUGUCUCAAAUAAAUAAGUUGCAUUAAGCCUUUAAA